AAAAAAAAAAACUCAAAAUUCAAUACUAAUGGAUGUAAAUAUGCACUAUAACCAUAUUGUAGUUGGUAGAGAACAUUAAAAAAAUAAUUUUUCAUCAACGAUGAUAAGAAGCAAUAAAAAACGUCAUGAAGAUAAUUCAAAGGCAGGAGGCGCUGUGAAUAAUUCUCAUCAAUUAAUCAGUCUGUAAAAGUCAUCGCAUUACAUUUGUAUUCGCUCAACAUACAAGGUAUUUUAAGAUGGCAGAAAUAAUCCCUACAAUUUCUCAAGUAAAAUCAGAAGCAUUGGAAAUUUUCCGUAAAGAAUUCGGGAAGGAUGCUGAUGUUUGUGUCUUUGCACCAGGAAGAGUUAAUUUAAUUGGCGAGCAUACUGAUUAUAAUGAAGGUUUUGUUCUUCCAAUGGCACUGCCAAUGGUAACGAUGAUUGUUGGUAAGCCCAAUCGCAAGUCGACUUGUACAAUAGUUUCAACAAGUAAAUCAAUAACAACAAUCAGUAAAAUUGAGUUUGAAGUCAGUGAUCGCAGUAAAGUAGUACCCGGUGAACCAAAAUGGGCCAAUUAUGUAAAAGGUUGCAUUGCUUUUUUCCCAGCUGAUGUACCCGGAUUCGAUGCUGUGAUAGUUUCAACAGUGCCAAUGGGAUCUGGAUUGAGCAGUUCAGCAGCUCUAGAAGUUGCUACUUACACAUUUAUAGAAGCUCUGACAGGAGUUGAGUGCAAAGACCUACGAGACAAAGCUUUGAUUUGUCAGAAAGCCGAACAUCAAUUCGCAAAUGUUCCUUGCGGAAUAAUGGAUCAAUUUAUUUCGGUGAUGGGCCAGCAAGGUCACGCGUUAUUGCUGGACUGUCGCGACCUUUCAGUCACUCAAAUUCCCAUGGAUGGGAUUGAUAACUACGCGUUUUUAAUUACAAACUCUAAUGCGCCACAUAAAUUAUCCUCAAGUGCCUUCCGGGAGCGCAGAGAUGCUUGUUUUGAGGCUGCUAAAAAAUUAGGAAAAAAAAGUCUGCGUGAAGUUACUUUGGAUGAUCUUGAAAGUUUGAAAAAAGAAGGAGCUACUGAAACAAUGUUAAAAAGAGUUAGUCAUGUUAUUAAUGAGAAUUCACGUACGUUAGCAGCGACCGCGGCGUUUAAAGCCGGUGAUUACGUUAAAGUCGGCGAAUUAAUGAACGAAAGUCACAACUCACUGCGUGACAAUUAUGAAGUGUCCUCUAAUGAACUUGACACGCUAGUUAAUACUGCGAGAAAAGUUGCUGGUGUUCUGGGAAGUCGGCUCACUGGUGCUGGUUUUGGUGGCUGUACUAUUACAUUUUUGAAAAAGGACUCUGUUGAUCUUGUUAUCAAAGCUAUCAAUGAGUCGUACCCAGGAACUGCGUCAUUCUACAUUGCUACUCCAUCAAAAGGAGCCAGAAAACUGGAUUCCGUAACUGCCAUUAAUACUGAAAUGUUUUAACAAAGUACUUGGCCAGUACAGUUCAUAUCCGUCACGGGGUCACAGUGAUUGAAGAAAUGCUCGCUGUAUCUAUUAAGAAAAAGAAAAUUAAUUAAUUUAAAUUGA